CCCACUUCGGCCCCUCCCUACCGCUCUCACUUCCCCUUCUGCAGACAGAGAUUUGGGCACGUCCAAGUGCCAAGCACUGGUAACCUCAGUCAUGGACCCACUGGCUCUGCUUCUCUACCUGGGUGCAGCACUGGCGUCCUGCCACGGGUUCAACGUGGACGUGGAUAGACCCAUCUCCUUCCAGGAGGCAGCUGUUGGGUUCGGGCAGAGCCUGGCAAUGAGCGCACAGGCUGGGGGGCUGUUUGUGGGGGCCCCACUCCAGCGAGGGGGCAUAAAUGACACCGGCCGAGUCUACAAGUGUGACCCACGGGCCCAGACGUGCCAGCAGAUCCGCAUCCCGCGGCCCGCUGACGCUGUGGACAUGUCUCUCGGGCUGUCUCUGGCAGCCACCGACUCCCAGGUCCUGGUGUGCGGCCCCACGGUGCGGCAGGCGUGUGGCGAGAACAUGUAUGUGCGCGGCUACUGCUUCCUGCUGGACCGGAACCUGCGCCCGACCCAGCGCUUCCCAGAGACCCUGCCCGAAUGCCCCAAACGCCAGACGGACAUCGUCUUCCUCAUCGAUGGCUCGGGCAGUGUCAUCGACAUUGACUUUAACAGGAUGAAGAGGUUCAUCAUUGAGGUCAUCGACCGUUUUGAGAGCACCGAUACCCAGUUUGCCCUGGUCCAGUUCUCCUCCAGCUUCCGGGUCCAUUUUGACUUCAACACCUUCAAGAGGACAUCAAACGUGGAGACCCUGGUGUGGGACGUCAUGCAGCUCCAAGGGGGGACCUAUACAGCCAGCGCCAUCCGCAAAGUGGUGCAGAAUGUGUUUGUGCCAUGGAGAGGGGCCCGGGCCAGUGCCACCAAGGUUCUCAUCGUGAUCACAGAUGGGGAGAAGACAGAGAGAUUGAGGUACAGGGACGUCAUCCCUGAGGCAGAGAGAGAAGGGAUCGUGCGCUACGCCAUCGGGGUUGGUGAGGCCUUCUCAAGCCCAGGAGCCCAGAAGGAGUUGAACGAAAUUGCCUCGGACCCAGAUACGGAGCAUGUCUUCCAAGUCAACAAUUUUGAUGCCCUGCAGGGCCUCCAGAGCCAGCUGCAGGAGAAGAUCUUUGCCAUUGAAGGCACCCAGUCCCAGAGGGGCAGCUCCUUCCAGCUGGAGAUGUCCCAAGAGGGUUUCAGUGCCCUGCUCUCUCCUGAUGGGCCUAUACUGGGGGCAGUUGGCGCCUAUGACUGGUCUGGGGGGUUCUUCCUCUACGGGGGCAUCGGGGAAGCAGCCUUCAUCAACGUGUCCACAACCAGCGGGGAUAUGAAAGAUGCCUACCUCGGCUAUGCGGUCCAGCGGGUGACCUCCGGGAAGCGCCGGGGCUAUGUGGUGGGGGCACCACGGUACCAGCAUGUGGGAAAGGUGGUGCUGUUCUACUGGGACCCCCGGAGUGAGGCCUGGAGGGCCGAGGCAGAGAAGAUUGGGGAUCAGAUUGGCUCAUACUUCGGGGGCUCCCUCAGCACCAUGGAUGUGGAUGGAGAUGGCAACACCGACCUCAUCCUCGUUGGAGCCCCCAUGUACUAUGGGGAGGGAAGCGGGGGCCGUGUCUUUGUCUGCCCCCUCCCAGCACAGGGGGCGCCGCUGCGGUGCGACGGGGUGCUGCGGGGGCAGGGGGGCCAGCCCCUGGGGCGCUUCGGGGCCAGCCUGGCGGUGCUGGGGGACGUGGACGGUGAUGGCCAUGCCGACCUAGCCGUGGGGGCCCCCCUGGAGGACGGUGCCCGUGGGGCCCUCUACAUCUUCCGUGGGCAGCAGCGCCGCCUGCGCGAGCGCCACAGCCAGCGCAUCACGGGGACACAGGUGUCCGGGGCACCGUGGGCGCUUGGCCUGACGCUGAGCGGGGGCACAGACCUGACAGGUGACGGCCUGAAGGACAUCGCCGUGGGUGCCCGCGGGCAGGUGCUGCUGCUGCGGUCACGCCCCGUGCUGCAAGCGGCCGUGACCGUGACCUUCGCCCCGACCACAAUCCCAGUGACUGCCUUCGACUGCCAGGGCCGGGAGCAGCUGGACACCGAGGCUGCCACCGCCCGCAUCUGCUUCAGCCUCCGCCUGAGCCUUGGCCAGCGCUUCCAGGGUGGUUCCAUCUCGGGCACCUUCUACUAUGAGCUGGCACUGGACCCCGGGCGGAUACGGGUCCGUGCUGCCUUCAAUCCUCCCCUGCCUGCCCAGCCCCUGACACUGCCUGUCAGUCUCCAUACCAAGUGCCAGGAGUACCGCGUCCGGCUGCCUGUCUGCCCUGAAGACACCCUGACACCCAUCAACCUGCGACUGAGCUACAACCUGACUGGGAUCCCCAUCCCCGGUGGCGGCCUCACCCCCAUCCUGGCUGAGGACACAGAGACGACAGUUGUAGCCUCGCUCCCAUUCGACAAGAACUGUGGCAGUGACAACAUCUGCAUGGACGACCUGCAAAUCGCCUUCAAUUUCUCGGGCCUGGACACCCUGGUGGUGGGUGACACCCAAGACCUCCAGAUCAUGAUCCGGGUCCACAACCUCGGGGAAGACUCUUACGGUGCCACCCUGCAACUCCUCCACCCAGCGGUGCUGUCCUACCGCAAGGUCCAGGUGCUCCAGGCCAGCAGGGGGGGUGUGGCUGUGCGCUGCAGCUCGCUGCUGGGUGGCCAGGCGGAACCACAACGGAACAGCACCUGCCUCGUGGGCCCACCUAUCUUCCGUGCUGGUGCCCAGGUCAUCUUCACCACCACCUUGGAUGUGCCUGCCACGGCUGAACUGGGCGACCACCUGCGGAUCUCAGCCUCCACUCACAGUGACAACCGUGGCCCCAGGAGCGAGGGCAAGAGCCAGAGCAUGGAGCUGCCCGUCAAGUACGCCAUCCACAUCAUCGUCACUGGUAGUGAGACUUCAACCAAGUAUGUGAAUAUCUCCAGCAAUGAGGAGGGGGCCAGCAGGGUGGUGACUCACAGGUACCAGGUCCAGAACCUCCGCCACCGCAGCCCCCCUGUGUGGGUGACCUUCGAGUACCCCGUUGCCUUGAACGGGGCCCCCCUGUGGGUCGCUGAGGUCGUCCCCUCCCAGCCAAUCAACUGCUCUGACCUGUCUGGGAUGCCUGGGACCAAGGAGGUGAGAGAGGAGAUGAAGAAGAGCCCCCUGCUGAGCUGUGCUGUGGCCACCUGCCGGCGGGUGCGGUGUGAGGUCCCAGCCCUGCACAUGGAGCAGCCCCUGGAGUUCGUCCUGACCGGCAACGUGACCUUUGGUUGGUUCUCCCAGAUGGGUCUGGACAAGGUGACACUGGCGAGCGUGGCUGAGGUGGGCGCAGACCCAAGGCGCUUCCACCAGCAAGGGGCGACACGGUUGCAGGUGCAGACAGUGCUGGAGCGCAUCGGCACCUACAACUAUCUGCCCGUCAUCCUGGGCAGCUCCAUCGGGGGCCUAAUCCUAUUGGCUGUCAUAACUGCCGCUCUCUACAAGUUUGGGUUCUUCCGCCGCCACUACAAGCAGAUGAUGGACACGGCGCAGGACAGUGGAGGCCCCGCCCCCACCCCUGGGCCUGCCCCCUCUGCCCCACCACAGUAGCCUUCCCGGAUGCCUGGCUUCUCUGGAGCAGGGCCUAGAAGGUGCUGAGAGCUCGAAUGCCUGGGCUCUCUGGGAGAGCAAAUCACACCCCUCCUGCCCUGCGUGGGAACUUGGGAUCAAGAAGCCAAUCCAGGCCUUUCACUGCGUGUCAUGUACCCAGUACUGCACCCUUGCAACAGGAGAUUCUCCCAGCCUC